ACCUAUCCAAGUUCUGCUACUGUUCUUCCUCUGCCACCUUUCAGUACUGCUACAGUAUUAGCUAAGCUUCUCCAUUAUACACACCAUACUAUCCUCUUCCCCCCUCAUAAACACACACACACACACUCUUUUCUCCAUCACUUUAUUACUAGUACCUUUUCUUCAUACUAUAAUAUAAUAGAACCUGUUGUUUAUACUAUACUGGCUUUACCAACUAUGGAGGCUUUCAGUUUACUGAAGUACUGGCGUGGUGGUGGCGCCACCGGUGUUUUCUCCACCGAUUCCGCCGGUGCUAAUCCUCGCACCGUCGAUUCUACUACUGUCAUCACCGCCGUCAGUCCUAACUCGUCAGACUCUGAUUCCGACGAUGAAGGAGACGACGGACCGUUUUUUGACCUUGAGUUCACUUCGGUUCCUGAAGAUGAAGCCGAAGAAGAAGUGAAAGUUGAAAAUGAAAGGUGUAAAAUUAGUUCAGAGUUGGACGAGUCGUCGGAAAAUGUGAUUAAUGAAGGAGAACUGAAAUUCACGCUUUCCACGUCGUCCUGUUCGAGUAUUGACGACGGCACGGAUCCAAACGUAUCAGUCUCACCGUCUGACGAUCUUUUCUUCAAAGGUAGUUUGGUACCAAUUGAGCCGUCGUCGCUGUUGCUAACCGCCUCCGAAGCAAAUUCAAACUUUACUUCCUCACUGUUAAAGUCAGCAACUAAAUUUAGAGUGUUAAUGCUGAAACUGAAGAAGCCAAAAUUUACAGCGCCAAGUAAAAUUGAAAAAUCUGAAGGUGAUGGUGACGGAUUUGUCUCAGCUACUACUCCAAAGCUACGGCGGAAGAGAGUAUCAGAGAGUGAAAAAGAGGAGCCUCCAAAUCUAACACAGAAUAAGUUUUUCACUGUAAAGUUUAAGGUUGAAGAAGUUCCUAUUAAGUCGUUGUUUACUAGAGAUAACAGCUCAAAAGACAAAAUUAACAGCGGCAAAAUAGAGAAGCGAAAUCCAGAAGAAGCUUGUUCAACAAAUAAUGCAACAAAUUCAGCUUCAGAUGAGAAGAAAUUUACUAAAGAUGUAAUGCAAAAGUAUUUUAAAAAAGUGAAACCUCUAUAUAUUCGCGUCUCAAAACGUUACGGCGAGAAGCUUAAGUACUCAGGACAGUUAAGCUUACCCGGAAAUGCCGCAACAAAUAAGGCCGGUCGUUCGCCGCCUCCGCUGCCUCCUUCAGCGGAGGCGAAGGCGGACGCGGUUACGGACGCGGCACCGACGGUGGAGAAGAACCAGAAGCAUGGGAAUAUCCCGUCGGGGCUGGGAAUAGUCCGGAAACAUUUGGGGAAAAGCAGAUCGGCGUCGUCGGCGGUUGUUGCGGCAGCGCCGGUAGCAUCAAACCGGCGUGACGACUCACUAUUGCAGCAACAAGAUGCUAUUCAAGGCGCCAUUUUACAUUGCAAAAGGUCUUUCAAUUCAUGUAGAGAUUCAGAGUCAUCCAUUUUAUCACGUUCAGCAAGUGAUGCAUCACAUGAAAAAUCAACGAGCUUGACUACAGAUUCAUCUACAUUAGAGGAGGCCAAAGCGGUGAGAAAUUAGGAAUUCGUUAAUUGAAAUCAUUAAAAUUAAGAUAAUUAUGUUUAAAAUCAUUAAUUAGUAGUACUAAGUUUUAGUUUAGGUAGGUUAUGUCUUUCUUCAAGGGAUUUUCCUCGAUUACAGGGAUUUCAACGGUCAUGCAAAACAAUGAGAGAAAUGAGUGGUCAAUUAUCAGUUUUUACUCGUGCUUUGCUCUUUGUAAAUAAUUAAUUAGCACUUUAAUAUUAUAUAAUUAUACUAUUGCUCAUUUUAGUUAGGAGUAGCUUGUAAAUUGUAAUCUGCAGGAAGCUUGUAAAUUGUACUACUUUUACUACUCUGUUUGCUUUU